AUGUCGCUUACUUCUAUCGCCCCUGAGCUGAUAUGCUCUGUAUACACUCACUUGAUGAACACCGGGUCACUUCGAGACAUCUCUUCACUUCAGUCACCUAUGGAAGCCUAUCACGAAGAUCAUAUUAAUUUCUUCGCUUCCAAGGGUCAUGUGACCCCCCUUCCCAGGAAGCUUCCAGCCUCUCCCCAUCCCAAAAAAAAUCCAGGAAAUUCCACCACCAGUCCACUUCCAGCUUCCACUUCCACCUUGGAACUUCCAGUGAACCAAACAAAGGGUAUCCACUUCCAGUUCCAUUCCAGCCAUCAAAUGUGA